GAGUGGGGGUGAAGGGAAGAAAGAGCAAAAGAAGAGGACAGAGAGAGAGUUGGGGGGUUGGGGAUUUCCAUGUUUAGACCUGUCCGGCUCCUCAUACAUAAACACUGCUGACUGGUCACAGGCAGUCAGAGUCCUACUGUAUACAGGCUCUGUAUACUCAGUCAUGGAGAGGAAUAUGUGCUCAGCUCAGACUUCUGUACAGUUGGCUCAAAAAACUAAACCUGGGACAUCCAAUGGACUUGAUAAGCUGAAUCGUUUGGAACAGCUAGAGCCAGAGGAGUCACUGGACAGAGAGGACCCCCGAGAAUACUGCCAUGGGGGGUACCACCCUGUUCACAUUGGAGACACCUUCAACAGGAGAUACCAGGUUCUGUCUAAGUUGGGCUGGGGAUACUUCUCCACUGUAUGGCUCUGCUUGGACCUCAGGUUCAUUCACUAUGUUGCUGUUCUCUGUAUGUGCAGAUUGGGCAGGCGAGUGGCCGUGAAGGUUUUGAAGAGUGGAGAAGGAUUCACACAGGCUGGGCAAGACGAAUUGACUCUGCUACGCUGUGCCAGUGGUCCCACUGUUCGUCACCUCCAAAGCCGGAGGAUUGUCCAAUUGCUGGAUGAGUUUAAGAUAGCUGGGGUCAACGGGGUUCAUGUAUGCCUAGUGCUGGAGCUGCUGGGACCAGACCUCCGCUGUUGGCAAGUCUGUUUUGGAAACCCAGGGCUAUCGCUGUCUUGGGUCAAACAGGUCAUUGCUCAGGUUCUUCAGGCAUUGGACUACCUGCACACUCAAUGUAAAAUCAUCCACACAGACAUCAAGCCUGAGAAUAUACUGUUAUGUUUGGAGGAACAGAACCCAAAACAGACAGCAGGGGGCAGUGCCUGUCCAUACCCUGGGAAAGAUGCCAAGUCAAGGAGCACAGCAGAGAAGGACCUGGUCACUCCCAUCAGUCUGAAGAAAAUCACAGUAAAGAUUGCUGACCUGGGAAGCUCCUGUUGGGUGUACAAACAUUUCUGUGAGGAGAUUCAGACCCGUCAGUACCGCUCACUAGAGGUUCUAUUGGGCUCUGACUAUGGCCCACCAGCAGACAUCUGGAGUGUAGCCUGCAUGGCUUUUGAGUUGGUCACUGGGGAUUCAUUAUUUGAGCCCAAAGCUGGGAAGACCUUUUCUUUAGAGGAAGACCACAUCGCUCACAUAAUAGAGCUCCUUGGUAAAGUCCCUGCAGCAGUAGCCUUGUCUGGCAAGAAUUCCAUGGAGUACUUCAAUAGCAAAGGUGACAUGCGUCAUAUCGGAGUGAUGCGACCCUGGGGUCUAUAUGAGGUGUUGGUGGAGAAGUACCACUUCAUGCUGAAGGAGGCCUCUCUGUUCUCUGACUUCCUGUUGCAUAUGUUGGACUUCCAGCCGGAGAGGAGGGCCAGUGCUGCCCAGUGUCUCCUGCACCCGUGGCUUAGCUCCUGAACCCUGGCCCUGGAGCCAACUUGAUACCAAGCUAGUAGAUAAAUGUGUUAUAUAAAAGUGUUAUGCAGAGACAAACACAGUGGUGCUGAGUCACUAAGACUACGGGAAAGAUAUACAGUAUACAUUUUGCCAAUUGGCUCGAUGCCAAUGUUCCGGGUGAAAUGUACUAUUUUAUGUUCAUUCAUUAAGUAAGACUAGAUUUGUCUCUUCUGAUAAAUGUAUGGGGCAUUUGAUUAUCUGUAGUGUAAUGAAUGUAUGAAGUACAAACUUAUAUAAGUGUUGUGUGAUUUACUGAAAUGUAGUACUUGUGCUCAAGACUUUCCACAGCUGUGCUGCACAGUGCACUGCACCAAUUGUACUACUGUAUAUUUGUAGUUAUUUUUUACAGCAUACAAUAAAUCAUGUUUUGCUAGAAA